GUCUUCUUCCCGGGGAUGCCUGCCAGGUUUGUGUGGCGACCAUUGGCUAUCCAGGGCGCGCCAACCGGCGACCCACUCGCGGGAUUGUCGCUCGACGGGAUCUGCGUCUUUGGCAAUCACGUCCUCAUGACAAGCGGCUCCUCUGCGGUGGAGGUGCUACUCGAGGCGCAGUACACGGAGGAGGGCGCGGUGCCAAUGAGGAGGCGGUCGACGAGUGCAAUUCUAGCGUUUAUGGAUGCCAGGAAACGAAGUGCCAAAAGGGCGAAACUCGACGUCGAAGAGUCGACAGAAUCAGCUAAUAACAUGCUGGGAGGGAUGGAUGAGCAGUCCGUGGACGGCGGGAAGAUGCUUCUCCAGCUGCAGCCCGAAGAGGAGCUAGAAUAUUUGACCAAGCUGCACCACGACAAGGAGAACGCGACCUCCUCUUAUGGGGAAGACCUCGAGGAAGACCAUCCUGCGCGCCACUUAGACAUGAUCCGCGAUCUCGCCGGAAUGGGCACCAACGUGUCACGCCGGCAGGACCGUCUGCGCAAGCGCCGACGCAGCUUGAGCGGCGAAGAUUUUGCCGUAGCCGAGGACGAGGGGGACGUAGAGGUAAUCGAUUUAGUAACUGCCGGAACUAGUCAAGGCUUAGCAGCUGCUCAAACGGAGGAGAGAGCAGCAGGACUGCCUCCACUGGAAGCUGGCAUUUUGGCGCCUUUUCGUCUCGGUAAAGCCGGCAACGGCAUUGUGGAACUAGGGAGUGAGGUUCUUAGUUUUCACCUGCAACAGUUGGAUCGAAGGUACCUUGGACGGAUUCGGCAUCUCAGUACCAUAGGGAUCAAUCUGAACGAUGCGCGCGGCACAUCCGAAAACUGGUAUCCCGGUUUCGUAGCCGCGACCGGGUUUGGCGCACAGCAUUCCUAUCUAAACUGUGUGCAUUCAGAGGUCCCAACCGAGGUCCGGGCCAGCUUUCAGCUGCCUGGCGACGUGCGCUCAGACAUAUGGACACUGCCCUCAUUUGGCAUGACGCGGAAGCAAAGCAGAAGCGCGAAGACUGCGGCCACAGAAAACGACUCAAUCAACUCGGGCUUGCCAGUGAUCUCGCCUACGGAGGCAAAAUACUUGGCCAUUAGCACGGAGAGUGGAAAGAAUUUAGUUUUAGAUCUCAACUCCGACGAUAAUAUUCGCGAGGUUUCAAACAGUUUCUUGACGGAGAAGAGUCUUCUCUUUCUUGGUGGCUGUGCCCGUUCCUCCGUUUAUUGGGCGUUGACGCAGAGCGGCGACAUCCAUAUCGUGGAUCCAGAUUCCUUGCAGCCACUGAUCUCGACGAGUGUGCGGGACGUCUGCGCGCCUGAUUUGGAUUCAAGUCACAGUUUCGCAGAAGCGCAAGUCUCCACCAAUUCAGACGGCGGCCAUCUGAUGGUUCUGGACAAUGCUUCCAGACGGCUGUUUGUUGUAGAGCUUGAUUUUGACCAGAUGUCGCGCUCAGGCGCAGUCCGCUGUGUGCUCGACUCGCGUGACGAGCUCUACGCGGAUAUCGCUUUGGGUGACGUGCUCGCUUGUGCCUUUUAUCGUCGAGAAUUCAUUGUUGCUGUGACGGAGGACCGCAAGGGCCGGAAAGUGCGUGUCUUCGAGUUGAUGGCUUUGUCCUCCGGAGACAGGGCGUUUCCAAGACGGGGACGACGGUCCGUGGGAGGUACAAAGGCUACACGCCAGAAACGGCCGAGCAGAAGUGCGUCUCCAAGUGAGAGCCGAGAAGAGAACGCGGCCGUGCGUGAAGUCUUCGCGUCGUGGAAUCUCGAUCUUUCAGCGUGCGUUCUGCGAAACAGCAAGCGCAAGGGCGCUGCAAUAGCUUCGGACCGGCUUCGCUGUUUGUCGUCACCGACCGCAGAGGUGGUGGAUGACAAAGGGGUAGGUAGCGCGGGCGCAAAGAGCGAUAUAUUCAGUGUGGAGCUUGUAGACAUGAACCUGGCGAGCGGAGACUGCGGUCCGACGCUUUUUUUGCUCCAGGAAGGAAGACCGAUUCUUGUCUACAGAUCGUUUUUCAGCGAAGAGGAGGAUGAGGCGGCGGCACAUUUUCCUUUCUCCUUCCGCCUUAUUCAACACAGGUACUAAGAAGUCAUCUCGCGAUCUUCGCAUUGUACUAGCCUUGUUCAGUUAACAAUUCUGUUGUUGAACAGCCAUAGUCAAGGUUGCUUUUAAUUUCACAAUUGGAUCAUUCACGUAGCACUAGCAUCGUCUCCACGACGUUGUUAGAACAUCAUUCAAUUAAAUACGAUCUUGAUGUUCAUCAGGUAUACCUCGCAGAUCCGUCAGCGUACGAAGCCUCGACUUAGGAAGUUUGCUUACGAUGGUGGUUAUUGCGUGUGUGUCGAUCGUUGGUGUCGACAAAAUGGACCAGUGUUCUUCUUUGCUGACGGCAAUCGAUUCUUCGCGCAUCUAGGUCGUAAGGAGCUACUCUGCACCCAGCCGUUCUAUUCUCGCACUCUCUUCGAGGAGGGCGAGGAGUUCUGUUUUUUCUCCUUAGUAAAAAAGCAGCUUCGCGUGCCAAGACUGGUGGAUGGUGGUGAUUUCACUUUUGGCGCACAGGAAGAAGGCGAUCUCGAAACAGUAAAUGUCUGGGAGGGCCAAAUUCAUAUGCUGAAUAACGCAGUUAACUUCUUUUCGCCAGUUCUACGCACAGAAUUCGCACUCCCAAAUGCGCCGACUGCGGCUUCAGUGGACCCAGCUUCGAAACUCUGCGCGAUAGCUACUGCAGAAGCAGUCGUGGAGCAAAAGUAAUCUCUACUAGCUUUGAUUGACUGCAUCAGGAUCUUACACAUGAGAUUUAAUUCGGUAUGUGCUCCAAACUUUUAUGACAUCGAUUUCCUCUGCAGCCUUCAGGAUAAGAUCCUCUUUACUCAAUACACUACAAACAGAGUGAUCGAUCUUGACCCGGCUGCUGCGGAAGAGGACGACGCACCGUUGCCGCCGAUAGUUGACGGUGAGCAAGAGGUUAAAGUUGCGGCGGCAGUAGAAACCGUCGAGGAUGACAUGGACGAAGAUGCAGUAAAAGAGGAAGAGGGCACGGCGAAACGAGUUGUUCCAAGGAGAGGUCACCAAUACGAAUUGCAGGUAAAGACCAAUGAUUUCCUUUGGUGGAGAAGAACCCGAUGAAUACAUGUUUCUGAUGAUAUUCAGUUACCAGAGGUAAAGCAGUUAAAGUUGAAAAAGUAUCUCUCAUUAGUUAGUAUUCAUUCAUGCUAUAUAGUUUCGGUUUGCCCACCUCUUCUCCUUUCACCUGUUUGUGCAGGUUUGUACGCUACAAGAUCCCAGUGAGCUGAACAACGCCGCGGUGUUGCCUUUAAACUUUUCUUACUCGCUGGAUCCUAGGGAAAGCGUGAUGUGCAUGGAAUGGUGCAAGUUUCGGCAAUUUAGCGAAAGUGUCCUAUGCGUCGGCACCGGCAUUAAUCUUGGCGAGGAUACUGUCUGCCGAGGUCGAGUAUUGCUGUUUCUAGCAAAAGACCCGACGAAACCAGGAGGGGACAGCGGGACUGAGGUAAAUAUACUUGUAUUGCAAAAUAUAUGCUGGUGGCUUACCCGUGGCAAUAAGAGAUCACGUUUGAUUCACUCAUUUCUUUGAAAACUAACAUCCCUCAUGGGGUAUCGAUGAUGCUGAUCAAUGGGAGAACAAAAAUCACUUCCUUAUUUUCUUGCCGACAAUCAGGCUGGCGACACCAGCGGCAGUGAGCUAGUCCCUACCCCGGGAAGCUUACUGAGUUCCGAAACUACUGCAGAACCCUUCUUCUCCAAGCGAGUGAAGGGUCCGAUCAUGUGCAUGCAGGCUGUUGGCCGAGAGCUGCUGGCCUAUACAUGCGGCAACCGAUUCUGCCUGCAUCGAUGGGACUCACAAAACAGUAGUUUACAGCUUCUCGCGUUCCAUGAGAGCGGCUUCUGUAUCACCAGCAUGUCCAUCGUCAAGAGUGCCUACAUCUUGCUCGGGGAUGCACAUAACGGCAUGGAUUUGUUGCGGUGGUUCGAGGCCCCGGGCGGCAUGAUGAAGCCUGUCAAACGCUUGGAGCGAUUAGCAAGGUCGGCAUCGAGCUCGCACUCACUGGUUUCUGUGGUGAACAAGGAGCGCAGGGUAGGGAGUGAGAAUGUCGGGAGUCAAGUACCGGUGCUGGGCUGUAACUUCAUCUUGGAGCAGAACACAUUGGGUCUUGUGGCGACCGACAUCUACGGAAACGUUCACCUCUCACAAUACCUGCCGCACAUGAUCGAUUCAAAGGAAGGAGACCGCGUUCUACGGACCGCAGCAAGCUUUCAUCUCGGUACUUGUUUCGCUCACGAAUUUUUGCGCUAGACGGAAGAGGCUGAAUGAAUCAGCGUAGAAGUAACUCAGAAAACGGCCAAAGAACAAGAUUUUAUGACAUUUUGAAUUUCAAAUUGAAUUUGUUCUCGCGAUAUGUGAUUCACUUCCUUUCCCAAUUUUACUCAGGCACGCCCGCUCGAGCCAUAGAGCGAAUGGAGCGAGUGCAUAAGGGUAAGCGAUUCGGCGGUGUCUUCUUGGGUGGAGCUGACGGAAGUUUUUUUGCGCUGAACGCUCUGACGGACACCAAGUUUCGUAUUUUGAAUACCCUGUGCGCUCAUUUGGCGCAGAGACUACCCUUUGUAGCUGGCUGUUCGCCCCUUGCGAAGCGCUGCCCAGAACACUUUCAUGGUCACUACCGCAAGAACAUAGAGGAUGGGAGCUUGCUAAACUUGUUUUUGUUCCUCAGCUGGCCCUUGCAAAGUGCAAUUGCGGAUCGCAUUCAGAUUCCACUAGAGAAACUGGUCAAACACGUGGAGGAGGCUUGCAGUUGCGAACCCUUUUAAGCUGCUGCUGGUCUAGCGUGCGUCCAUGUAAGAAAAGCGCAUCGAGCAAUACCGACAUGGUCUCUUCACUUCCAUGCGCAAAUUGGUGUUGAUACUUCCCAACCCCUGUCGCAAAGAGCUCAUUAGUUCUGGGCGCCCCUGACGAACUCAUCUACAAUUCCAUACCUUCACAUUUACUGCGCAUUUCUGACUGUGACUUAGUGAUCAAUAUAAGAGAAUCGAGAUCGCAAGGGAAAAGGUCUCGUCAUCCUCUUAAUACUAUUUUCAUUUACAUCGACUUAAAAAGUGUGAUACACGCGCGCACCAAAAUUCUUCCUG